CUUUUUGUAAGUGUGUGAAAAAUGGCAAAGGACACAAACUCUCUCAGUUGUUCGAUUUGUUUAGAUCUACUGAAGGAUCCAGUGACUAUUCCUUGUGGACACAGUUACUGUAUGGGCUGUAUUAAUGGCUUCUUGGAUCAGGAAGAUGACAAGGGUCUCUACAGCUGCCCCCAGUGCAGACAGACCUUCAAACCACGACCUGUUCUAAACAGGAACACCAUCUUGGCUGAAUUGGUGGAGAAUCUGAAGAAGACAAGACUCCAAACUUUUCCUCCUGAUCAUUAUUCUGCUGGACCUAUAAAUGUGGAGUGUGAUUUCUGCACUGGAAGAAAACUCAAAGCCGUCAAGUCCUGUCUAGUGUGUCUGGCCUCUUACUGUGAGACUCACGUUCAGCCUCACUAUGAAUCUCCUGCCUUUAAAAAGCACAAGUUGGUUCAAGCCUCCGCAAAACUACAGGAGAAGAUCUGUCCUCAUCAUGACAAACUACUGGAAGUUUACUGUCGUACUGAUCAACAGUGCAUCUGUUAUCUUUGUACAAUGGAUGAACAUAAAGGACAUGAUACAGUCUCAGCUGCAGCAGAAAGGACUGAGAAACAGAAACAUGUGGGAGAGAAACUUGAAUCCCAGAAAAGAAUCCAGGAGAGAGAGAAGAAGAUUCAAGAAAUUAGACAGGCUGUGGACUCUUUGAAGAGUUUCCAGUCUCUCUGUGUCUCUCCUGGAUCUAAGGACUUACCCAACAUCAGUGUCCAUCCACACAUCUCCUUUGAGAAUGUAACGAAAUCAGUCUUUGAACUGAAAGUUCAACUACAGGAUGUAUGCAAAAAUGAAAUGGACAAAAUAACCUUUGAAGUGACUACAGUUCAGAUUGAACCACCUGCUGAGCCCAAGACCAGAGAGGAUUUCUUAACAUGUGAGGAAAUACAAUCACACACAGAGACAGUCACAUCUAGUUUUUUGCACUUUAUGUAAACGUACACACACAACCAUAGACAUGCACACAUACACUUGUAAACAUAUGCGGCGUGCAUGCUGUUUCUUUGCAUGUAAAUGUAAUCUUACACACACACACACACAGAGGGAGAGACAGAGACACACACAGAGAGGGGGAGACAGAGACAAACUCACACACACAGAGGAAGAGACACCAAGACACACAGAGAGGGAGAAAGAGAGCGAGAUGGAGAGGCAGAGUUCUAAAAGCACUUUCUUGGGUCUUUUUACAAGAGCCCACAACACAACAAAGACUCAAACAAACAACAACAAGUUCAAGAACAAUUUAAAAGCACAACACCGAAUCAUCCUUCACAGUAACUAAACACAACAGACA